AAACUGUCCCUCUUUUUUCUUUCUUUCUAGCCGGAGAACAUCAUGCUGCUGAACCGCUCAGUGCCUCACCCGCGCAUCAAGCUCAUUGACUUUGGCCUGGCCCACAAGAUAGAUUUUGGCAAUGAUUUUAAAAACAUUUUUGGAACUCCAGAAUUUGUAGCUCCAGAAGUUGUCAACUAUGAACCUUUGGGCCUGGAGGCAGACAUGUGGAGCGUCGGUGUGAUAACCUACAUCCUUCUGAGUGGUGCAUCUCCUUUCCUGGGUGACAACAAGCAGGAGACUCUGGCCAACGUGUCGGCCGUGGACUACACGUUUGACGAGGAGUUCUUCAGUAACACCAGCGCCCUGGCCAAAGAGUUCAUAGCAAGACUCCUUGUCAAAGAUCCCAAAAAGAGAAUGACUAUUCAGGACAGCCUCCAGCACCCCUGGAUCAAGCCAAAAGACACUCAACAAGCACUGAGCCGAAAGGAGUCGGCUGUCAACAUGGAGAAGUUCAAGAAGUUUGCAGCUCGAAGAAAAUGGAAACAAUCCGUCCGACUUAUCUCCUUAUGCAACCGCCUGUCCCGCUCCUUCCUGUCCAGAAGCAACAUAAGUGUGGCACGCAGUGAUGACACACUGGAUGAGGAAGACUCCUUUGUGAUGAAGGCCAUCAUCCACGCCAUAAACGACGACAACGUGCCCGGUCUGCAGCAUCUGCUCGGCUCCUUGAACAGUUACGACGUCAACCAGCCCAACAAGCACGGGACUCCUCCCCUUCUGAUUGCAGCCGGCUGCGGCAACAUUCAGAUCAUUGAGGUGCUGAUGAGAAAAGGUGCAGAGAUCCAGGCCCAUGACAAGAGUGGAGCCAACGCUAUCUACUACGCGGCGAGACACGGCCAUGUCGAGACCCUGAAAUUCCUCCAUGAAAAGAAAUGCCCUCUGGAUGUCCAAGAUAAGUCUGGAGAGACUGCUCUUCACGUGGCGGCUCGCUAUGGCAACGUGGACGUGGUAAGCUACCUGUGUAGCAUCCGGGCCAACCCAGACCUAUCUGACAGGGAGCAGGAGACCCCGCUGCAUUGCGCUGCAUGGCACGGAUACUCGCCUGUGGCCCGAGCACUCUGCCAGGCAGGCUGCCAUGUGGACGCAAAGAACCGUGAGGGGGAGAGUCCUCUGCUGACAGCAUCUGCUCGGGGUUUUGUGGACAUUGUGGAGUGCCUGGUGGAGCACAAGGCCAAUCUAGAAGCGACUGACAAGGACGGCCACACAGCCCUCCACCUGGCCGUACGGAGGUGUCAGGUUGAAGUAGUCCGCUGCCUCCUCAGACACCACUGCCACCUGGACCAGCAGGAUCGCCAUGGCAACACGCCACUACACAUCGCCUGUAAGGACGGAAACCUGCCCAUCGUCACGGCGAUCUGCAGCGCCAAGGCCAGCCUUGACCUCCCCAACAAGUAUGGCAGAACUCCACUACACCUGGCUGCUAACAACGGGAGCCUUGAGGUUGUCCGUCAUCUCUGCCUGGCUGGAGCAAACAUUGACGCGGUCACCAACGAUGGAAAGACGGCAGAGGAUUUGGCUAAUACUGAUCACCAUGAACCCAUCGUUUCUUUGUUGGGCAAGCUUAAAAAGGACAACCACAAACUGAGCUACAUCCAGCAGCUGCGGCCCACUCAGACCGUCCAGCCCAGGAUCAAGCUGAAGCUGUUCGGGCACUCUGGAGAUGGGAAGAGCACCCUGAUGGAGUCUCUGAAAUGUGGCAUCCUGCGCAGCUUCUUCCGGAGGAAGAGGACACGUUUGACCAACACAGCCCGCCACCCCAACUCCCCCAUCAACUCCAAACCGGCUGUGUCAGUGAGCAUUUCCAACUUGUACCCUGGCUGUGAGAAUGUGAGUGUGCGGAGUCGCAGCAUGAUGUUUGAGCCCAGCCUGACCAAAGGUGUCCUGGAGGUCUUCUCCCCCGUCCACAACGCUCUGUCCGCAGCUGACGAACAGGCCACAAAGGCCAUCGACAUCCAGCACGCCAACAUCCACGGUGUGGGGGAUUUCAGCGUGUGGGAGUUUUCAGGGAACCCGGUCUAUUACUGCUCCUAUGACUACUUUGCAGCCAACGACGCCACAGCGAUCCACCUGGUCCUGUUCAGCCUGGAGGAGCCGUACGAGACCCAGCUGGGCCACAUCACCUACUGGCUGAACCUGCUGAAAGCCCUCACCCUGCCACAGGACAACAUCGCUUUCGGAGGUCGGAUCCAGCAGCCUCUUGUGGUUGUCCUGGUGGCGACACACGCCGACCUUGCUGACAUCCCCAGAGCUUUCUCUGGAGAGUUCAUCUACGACAAGGAGAAAGCGCUGCUCAAGGAAGUCAGGAACAGGUUUGGGGUUGACCUGCAGAUAAGUGACAAAUUGUUUGUGAUGGACGCUGGAGCUUCGAACUCCAAAGAAGUGAAGCUGCUGAGGAGUCACCUGCAGGAACUUCGCGCUAACAUCAUCUCUAGUUGUAGCCCCAUGACGCUGCUGUCGGAGCGUUUGCUGAACACCCUGCCGACCUGGAGGAAGCUGAGCGGACCCAACCAGCUGACAUCGUGGCAGCAGUUUGUCAGCGACGUCCAGGAGCAGAUCAACCCUCUGGUCAGCCAGGAUUACCUGCGCACACUGGCUCUGCAGCUCCACAGCAUGGGGGAGAUCAACAUCAUGCAGAGUGAGACGGUGCAGGAUGUUGUUCUGCUGGAGCCCCGUUGGCUCUGCAGCAACAUUCUCGGCAAGCUGCUCUCCGUGGAGACGCCCAAGGCCAUCCACCACUACAGGGGGCGCUACAGGCUGGAGGAGGUGGAGGCUCUGGCUCCUGAAAGUGACGUGGACGAGCUGCUGCAGAUCCUGGAUGCCAUGGAUGUCUGCGCCCGCGACGCCACCAACCCUUCUAUGGUGGACGUUCCUGCCCUCAUCAAGACAAACGGCCUCCACCGCUCCUGGACCGAAGAAGAGGAGGAGGAGUCGCUGCUCUACGGCGGGGUACGACUCGUCCCUGCGGAGCACCUUACCCCCUUCCCCUGUGGCCUGUUUCACAAACUGCAGGUGAACCUGUGUCGCUGGAGCCACCAGCAGAAGCCUGAGGAGGAGGGCGGGGAGGACUUCGAUGGAGAUAUCCACCUGUGGACCAAUGGCACCAAGGUGAGCCAGGCAGGAGUGGAGGCGAUGAUCCUGCUGGUCAACCACGGCCAGGGGGUGGAGAUUCAGGUGCGUGGGCACGACUCAGAGCGGGCCAAGUGCUACACCCUGUUGGACACCAUCUGUAGUAUAACAGAGAACCUGCUGGCCUCCACGCUUCCCGGACUGCUCACAGCCAAAUACUAUCUGAGUCCUCAGCAGCUGCGGGAACACCACGCCCCCAUCAUGAUCUACCAACCCAAAGAUUUCUUCCGGGCCCAAGUCCAGCGGGAAAGCUCGCUCACUAAUACCAUGGGCGGCUACCGAGAGAGCUUCAGCAGCAUUCUGACUUUCGGCUGCGCUGAAGUUUACCAGCUGGGGAUUCUGGGAACGGACAUCCACAUAUCAGAAGUCCCCCUAUUGGCGCGCAGGAAGCUCUGCCGCAUGCUGGACCCUCCUGACGCUCUGGGGAAAGACUGGUGCCUGCUGGCCAUGAACCUCGGCCUCACAGACUUGGUGGCCAAACACAGCAACGGGACUCCAAACGGCACCCCUGAGCUGGACUCGGACCCAGACUCCCAGCAGGCCAUGCUGCAGCCCAGCCCGACAGCGGCACUGCUACAGGAGUGGAGCGGCCGGGCAGGCAGCACGGUGGGUGUGCUAAUGGCCAAACUGAGGGAGCUCGGCCGCCGAGACGCCGCCGACUUCCUGCUCAAAGUUUCUCCUGUUUUCAGGGUCAACAUGGAAGCGCUGGUAGGGGCCGCUAACGGAUACCCCCCGACCUGCAACGGCGGCACGUCUUACAACUCCAUCAGCUCCGUCAUUUCCCGCUGAACUGAACGGGAUCGUCUUUCUGCUCUCGCCAAACGUCCAACAGUCUGACAUUUUCCCUAAAGGAGAGUCACAGACUUGUGUGUGAAUGAACAUGAAGUGCAAUCAGAGAGUCCAGCUGCUCGCUCCUUAAUCACACCAUUAAGUUGGCGUAUGAACCAGAUGUUGUGUUUGUGCUCUCCACACUUGUACAGCUGACCUUUCCUUCCACCAUGAAUGUUGUGAAAGAGCUGAUUGUCCUGAGCUCCAAAGAGGAAUCCAGUGCUUUUAUUCUGUUCUUAAUCUUGUUGUGCUGCUUUUUAAUAUCUCCCUUACUCUACUGCACCACCCACGUCUCAGUCGUCUUACAGCUAAAAGACCGAAAGUAGAGAAAAGAUAAAUGUUAAAAACUCUACAUGAAGGAAUGGACACGGUUAAAAAGAUGGCAGCCUCAUGUUUGGACCUCUUUCAUCCUCAAGUGAAACUUAAUUGUAUCAGUGUACAUGUAGAAGGCUGCUAUCUCCAUCCAUCACAGUUACAUAUAAUAUCAGCUUGAUGUGAAUGUUCAGCUUAGUGUUUAAGAAAUUAACAGCAUUUUUGUGCCUUUGUGGCCUUCUACCUCCCUAAAGAGCACAAAUAGUCUUGUUAUUAUAAAACAACAGUAGUUCUUUCCAAACAUUUGAAGAACUGUGCCUUGUUGACACUAUUAAUAAAUACUGAGAGAAAAGGCCAUCUUACAUUUUAGACAGGAAAAGGUUCACGAAGAAGAAACAUGAAAAAAGGGGGAAAAAACGAAAGCUCGGCUCAUCUUACAAUGAAAAUUAAAUUUUACUCUCAGGAGACACAAACAUAAAGCUGAGAUCAGAUGUGUUUUGUUUAGUGUUUGUAAGUGCAGGAGACGAAAACCGUUCAAUCUUGUCUAGUAUUUGAGUCGUCGUGGGCCGAUGUGACGCUCUGUGGGAACUGUUGGCAGAGUCAAAGGGAAACACCGUCGUUCAUGUUAAGUUGGUGUAUUUGUGGGUUUACACAGAAUAUUUCUUCAUUAAUCCAACAGAAAUCUCCUCAUUUUGCUUAAUUUCUGGUGACACUUUAUUUUACAGGUUGUAGUCUAUUUUGGAUCAUGGAUUUGAUUUUUUUUGUCCCUAAAUUCUGCCCUCACCAACCCCCUUCUCAGAGGGCAGCUGCUUUUUAGUUAAAAAUGACGAUAAACACGUUGCACACUACCUGCCCAGCACCAAACAGCCAGACAGAGAAAGUUAGCGUUAGUUGGUGAAUGUAGCGGAGCAAAACAGAGAGUGAGUAUUGGACUUGGUCAAGUGGCCAGAAAUACGACUCCCCAUGAAUGCUAAUGUUGCUCUGCUGUUUGCUAACAAGUUAGCCGUAUCAACUUAGUAAGGUGAUAAAGUGUCAGUGUUGUUUUCAGUUUGUUCUGCUGACCCCUAAAAACUCAAUGAAUGCAGCUCUAAUUAAUUGCACCAAUUAAAACACCAGCUAUGUCACAAUGCUACAUUUACACUCUCUAGGGCUGCAACUAAGGAUUAUUUUCUCUAUUAAUCGAUUAACUGUGUGGUUUAUCAAAUGUCAGAAACUUUGCCCAAAUUAGCCCAAAAGUUGCCAAAGCCCAAGUUGACCAAUGAGAUCCAAUACCCAAAGAUUUCAACCAUAGAAGACAAGCUAACCUAGAAAACAGUGAGUUUUUGGGGCAUGUUGCUUUAAAAAUAACUAGAUUAUCAAAUUUGUUGCUUGUUAAUUUUUAAUUGAUUGACAAAUAGAUUAAUCGACUAAUCGUUUCAGCUUUCGUACUAAUCUUAGUUACAGUUAGAAGAUAAGACAUCAAUGUACUUUACCAUUUUAUACUAACAGGAAAUGAGAAAUUGCUCACAUUUCAACUCAAAACUAUACAUUUUUCCUAUAAUUAUUACCAAAUUAAGAGAUUGUCAUUCCCAUCAACCUAUCAGGUCUUUUCUUGGAACUGUUUGCUAACUAUGGGACCUACAAAAUAAAGUGUUACUAUAAAUGUUUUCAAUUAAAAGGCUUUUUUUUACUCAUUUUCAAUUCACGUAAAGGGACCUUUAGCCAUUUUAACAGAAGAACAAGAGUUUUUCUUUCCCCAAAGUACAGUGUCUUAUUGUAGGUUCUUGAUCCUUCCAGCACCAAAAUGUAUUUGCUCACACAAAGCUAAGAGCAUUUGAUGUUAGAAAGCAUUAUGACAGACAGGGUGGAGCUCCUCCUGCAGAGCUUAAGGGUCCUACUGAGACCCCAAACUUUGCACCGAAAAUGCCGCCAAAAAUGUAAAGUAAAUUUUUAACAUUUUCUACUAAGCUAGAAGGUAAUUUAUUCCAAUCCGAAGCCGCUAGUUUUAGUCAACACACCUGACGCUGCACAUUUUGUAAUGCUCCCUCAACAGGUUUUCUGAACUACAGACCAGUGCAAAGACGUCAACAAUCGAGUUACCGUCCACAGUGUCAGAUUUUUACACAGUGGCAUGGACGCUGCUUCUGUCGAGCUAAAUUUGAUCUCCUGUCAGUGUUGGUCGGCCAUGCGUGGCUUCACUUCUUCUUUCAGUUUGUCCUUUUCUAUAACAUGAAGCUGCAGCUUGGCUCUGUCAGCAGAAGCAGGGAAAAGAUGGCAUGAAGUUAGUGUUGGUAGCUGAAAUGAGGCCAAAGGCUGCUGACGACAGAAAUGUCCUAGAAAGACGUUUUCGCUUUGUGUAAGCUGGUACUUUUAUAAUGUUUGCGAACCAGAAGAAAGUGCUCUUUUUUUUUAGUACAUGUGUUGGAAGUUUUUGGGAAAGAGGUAUUUUAUUUCUAAAAAGUUUGCCUUUGUGGAUGUAAAGGCCCCUUUCAGGACUCAGUGUCCCAGUUUAAUAAAAAAAAAAAAAAAAGAUGAAGAUAAGCUCUGUCCCCGAGUGCAGUAUUUCCUGUCUGCUUUACUUCCCCUGUGUGAAACAAGACAUUCAAGACUAUUUGAAAUACUGUACACCUCAAUCUGAACUUGCCAAUUGACACAGCAAACUUGUAAAUACUCAAGUCCUGUUUCCUCGACUUCAUCCUCACUUUUCUGUUGCUUUCCAGCUCACCCCCCCCCAAUACGUUAAUUGAAACAAGGCAAAAUGAAUGUACUCCACAUCUUUCCUAAGAAUACGGUGAAAACAAAUCAAAGAUAUGGAGAUAAAACACUCAACACGUGUACAAAAAACGUGAUGAAAUGAAAUGUUCCAAACUGGUGAGAAACGUUUUAUUUUUCUUGUUUCAUUCUUUUUGCUUUUGUUGAGGUUGUGUAUGAUUAUUGCCAUCAUGUUGUCUGCCUAAAACACACUCGUUCAUUCCUCUGUUUUUGCCUUGUACAGUACACAAGCUGAUGUGUGAUGUUUCAGAAAGGAAAGUGAAUUCUAUGGGUUUUUUUGUGAAAGCUGGGAAUCACUUCGUCUCCGGUUGGUGUCUUUUCCCUGGAUGGUUCUGACUGCGAGUCUGACCGAAACAAGUAGAUUUAAAAGCAAAAAUAUUGUCCUGCUUGAUGAGGAAAGAUUUAUUCAAUAUUACUUUUAGGUGAAUCCCCCCCCCCCUUGAGACUCCGGUCUAAUCGCCACAUUGCACAAGUCUUUUUGUCGCUAUUUAUGUUUAUUUUUAGCAUGUCUUGGAAUGCCAUGUUCUUAGUACUUCUGACACUUUAUAGUGUAAUACAUUUUAUAAUAAAUUCUUUACCUAAUAUCAUUAUCUCUGUCCUAAUUGAAGACAUUUAGAUAUUUUCAAAGGUUCCUGAGGUAGCUUAUGUAAGGAAUUAUUUUUAACAUAAGCAUAAGGGACCAACAAGGCAAUAACAUACAGAGGAGGGGAGAGGUGAAACAAUAGAGUACAGCAGACAUGAAAAAAUAAAUAACAUUGAGAGACAGAAGCUUGUAUAGGGAUCCUGAAAGAUAGUCUGAGCACAAUUUUAAACAGUUUGUCUGUGAAAAUGUCCAUGAUAGAGUCCUUUAAAAGCCAUUAGAAAAAUAAAUUAGUCCAGUUUUUUUACGUGAGUUUGAAGGCCAUGUGACCAAAAAAAGUGCCUGCUUUGUUGUAUGGCACUAAAUCUCCAAACUGUUUAUAACUGGAUGAAUUUAAAGACUGCUGCUGGGAAAAACACUUCUUAUUUGACAAUAAAAUAUUUCACCACCAGUGUAAA